UGUUUUCAAAUCUCAUCCCAAGCAAACAGCUCAUCCCCUGCAUUUAUACUUCGCCCAUUUUAAAACUAAGAACAGCCUAAAAUCUCAUCUUUCCGAUAUCUCCCUCACAAAACGCUCCUGCUCUUGAAUAUGACGAUUUUAUUUCAUAGCGCAAGCAGCUCCGCUUUCCUGGUCAGAAUCUUACUGAUUUCCACCACCGUCGUAUCCGCCGCCGUGAUGUUGAAGAUCUUCGAAUCCCCUAUCACCGAAUUCCUCGUCCGCGACCUCCCGUCCACCUGGAACGCCGUCGUUUCUUGGCUCCGUCCUCCCUAUCUGUAUCUCGUCAUCAAUUGCAUCAUCAUCACCAUCGCCGCCACUUCCAAGCUCCAGGUCAUGACCGAUAAUGAUGAAAUUCCAGCUCCGCCGCCUGAUACGCCGGUCGAGGUUCAUUCCGUCACGCUUCGGUCCAAGGAAAUUCAAGCUCCCGCCGUCGAUUUCACCGGCAUCAAUCCGCACUACGACGAUUUCAUUUUAAACAAUCAGUCGCCGGUAGUGUUGCCGGAAGUUUCCGCCGCAAAUAGGAAUAGCGUCGUCUACCAGGAUACGGUGGAGAGUCCGCCAUACAGACACGUUAAUUCUGUGGUUCAACAGAGAGUUGAAGCUUGUAAUGUUCCGGAAGAAGAAGUGGAUGGUGAUGAGAAAGAAGACGAGUUUAUAAUCUCUAGAUCGCCAUGGAUGCCGUUGAGCAGGAAAGAUUCGUCUGGAUAUGUGGAAUCGGCCGAGAAACCGCUGGCUUCUUCCAGAUUCAGUCACCGGAGGAAUGCCAAUAAAUCCACUCCUGACGGUGGCAAAUCCCCUUUGGCAGUGUCAAAGCCUAAACGGCAGGACACUCUUGAGAGCACAUGGAAGAUGAUAACAGAAGGGCGGGGGAUGCCGCUGACGACGCGGCACUUGCGCAAGUCAGACACGUAUGGCAGCCAGAACCCUUUGAGGCCAAUCUCACCUCAAAAAAAAAUGACCAAGUCUGAAACAUUCAAUAAUGACCGUUCACCUGGGAACGGAGAUGUUUGCAAGUCAUCCCCGAGUCCCCGGUCCAAGUCGGGGAAAUUGAAAAGGG